AAAACGUCCAGACGAUUAGGUGAGAAAUUUGCCUCAGAAAAAAUGGAACUUCUCUUUCGUGCGCUUUGAUCAGAGGUUGUUUGAGUCCGUGUCUAUGCAAGAAUACUGUACGAUUAAAUAUAGAACCCGAUUUUCGGCGACCUUUCCACUCGAUUUCCGCUCGCAGCCCUACGUGAAAGAUUUCUCGAAAGCCCUGGAAAUCCGGCUGAAGUUUGAGCAGAUCCCGCGGCCAGCGUAUGUUGGAAAGCAGGUAGACGAAUCUCGCCCACUUUGGAUCAAAUACACAAAUUUUCCCAUCAACUCUGCUGGGUCCGGAAACGACCGAAUCGCAGGAGGAACAAGUCAGAAUAAAGCUGCAGAAGGACCGGCCCUCGGGGAAUUCUGCAAGUCUUGCGCUGUGGCCGACCCGCGGGUGCAGAAUCAGGUCAGCACCGCAAUCUCCUUCCUCAACGAUUGCAACGACGAAGUUUGCGUCACGGACCUCUCCAUCUUCGCCACAUGGAGUGACCUCAAGUAAAUGAAAGCCCAGACAUAUCCGUUUCCCCCCCUCCAACUUCCCGACUGUUCCG